AUGAGUUUGUCCUCCUCGUUCUCGUUUUCACGAAAUAGAGAAACUCAAAAACUCUUACCAUCUCAUCAAUCUCUCAAGCUUCUCUCUCCAAUGGAGGUUAAACUACUUGGCCCCGUCUUCGGUCUCUACCCCGUCUCGUCAGAAAGAGUCGUCAGCAACGCUCUAAUCCCCAGUUCGAAGUCAAACCCACGACGACAAAUCACGGCCACUAACUCCGUAGCGUCGAAGACUCAUGGAGACGGAGCCACGGUAGCAAAAGUUGUGGGGAAUCCGUAUUUAGGAGCGGAGGUGGCGAGUCCCGAUCUGCAGAAGAGCUUGUCUGACUUCUUGGAGGAAGCGAGAGAUUUCGUGGGAGAUAAUGGUCCACCUCGUUGGUUCUCUCCUUUGGAGUGUGCAGCUCAGGCUAAAGGCUCUCCUCUACUCCUCUUCAUACCUGGUAUUGAUGGUACUGGACUUGGGCUCAUUCGGCAUCACAAGAAACUUGGGGAGGUUUUUGAUGUAUGGUGUCUCCACAUUCCGGUCAGGGAUCGUACUCCUGCCAAAGACUUGGUGAAACUUAUUGAGAGGACAGUUAAGUCGGAGAACCAUCGUUUCCCAAACAGACCUAUAUAUUUAGUUGGAGAGUCUAUUGGAGCGUCUCUUGCGUUAGAUGUUGCAGCCAGGAAUCCCAGCAUCGAUAUAUCUCUGAUAUUGGCUAAUCCAGCCACACAUGUCAACAGCCUAAUGUUACAACCUCUAGUGGGAAUGCUGAAUGUGUUACCAUAUGGUGUUCCCACACUACUGGAAGAAAUAUUUGGUUUUAAGCAUGGCGAUCCAUUGACUGCAAUGUUAGAAGCUUUGACAAAUGAACUUGUAGUCCAUCAAAUGAGUGGAGUUGGUGGAGGGAUACUAAGAGAUCUCUUUGCAGUUUCAGCUAAUCUUCCUACUUUAAGUAGGAUCUUCCAUAAGGACACACUUCUUUGGAAGCUGGAACUGCUUAAGUCAGCUGUUGCUUUUGCUAAUUCUCACAUAUACGCGGUCAGAGCUGAAACACUGAUACUUCUGAGUGGACGUGAUCAAUGGCUACUGAAUGAAGAAGACAUUGACAGAUACUCGCGCACAUUGCCAAAAUGUAUUGUCCGUAAGCUUAAAGACAAUGGGCACUUUCUCUUUUUUGAGGAUGGUGUAGACUUGGUUACUAUCAUCAAGUGUACUUGUUUUUAUCGCCGUGGGAAGUCUCAUGAUCACAUUUCAGAUUACAUUCUGCCAACCAGAUAUGAGUUAAAGCAACAACUAGACGACCACAAACUCUUAAUAGAUGCUACUUCCCCUGUAUAUCUAUCAACACUAGAAGACGGUAAAAUUGCGAGGGGCCUUGAAGGUAUACCUUCAGAAGGACCUGUUCUGUACGUUGGGUAUCACAUGUUAUUAGGACUUGAGCUAGGUCCAAUGGUAACUCAAUUCUUGAAAGAGAGAAACAUUCACUUGCGCGGUUUGGCACAUCCAAUUCUUUUUAUAAACGACAAAGAUGCGUUGGGGGACACACAGAUGUUUGAUAAGUAUAAGAUAAUGGGUGGAGUUCCUGUCUCUAACUUCAAUAUCUUCAAACUACUGCGCUCAAAGUCUCAUGUGCUUUUAUACCCCGGAGGUGUCCGUGAAGCUUUGCAUAACAAGGGUGAAGAGUACAGGUUGUUUUGGCCUAAGCAACCAGAGUUUGUGAGAGUUGCAUCUAGAUUUGGAGCCAAAAUCAUCCCAUUUGGUGUUGUUGGAGAAGACGACAUCUGCGAUCUUGUCCUUGAUGCCAAUGAUCAAAGAAACAUCCCUAUCUUAAAGGAUUUCAUGGAAGAGGCAACAAAGAAAGCUGGAAACUUAAGGGAAGGAGAUGAGAGUGAAUUGGGAAACCAGGAAUGCUAUGUUCCAGGACUUGUACCGAAGAUUCCUGGGCGGUUCUACUACUACUUUGGAAAACCAAUAGAAACAGCAGGCAGGGAACAAGAGUUAAAGGACAAAGACAAUGCUCAAGAGUUUUACUUGCAAGUCAAGUCUGAGGUUGAACAAUGCAUUGCCUAUUUGAAAAUGAAAAGAGAGACUGAUCCCUACAGACACUUGUUGCCAAGGAUGAUGUAUCAGGCUUCACAUGGUUUCUCUUCUGAAAUUCCUACGUUUGAACUCUGA